CUUGUCGUCCGGGAGCAUCGCAUAUCCGCAUGUUGAUGUUCUUGAGAAACUGCCACAGCUUCCUAUAAAUUGCAGAUCUUGUGUGAUUAGAGGUGUUUUAGGUAAUUGCAAUGGAGGUGAGGCAGAAUAAGUAUGAGAAAUUGGACUUUCUGGGCGAGGGUCAGUUCGCCACAGUGUACAAGGCACGCGAUGUGGACACUGAUCGCAUAGUGGCUGUGAAGAAGAUCAAGAUUGGCAGUCGCGAGGAGGCGCAGGAUGGCAUCAACAGGACGGCCUUGAGGGAGAUUAAGCUUCUCCUGGAAUUACACCAUGAGAACGUGAUCGGAUUGCUCGACGUCUUUGGCCACAAGUCCAACGUAUCCCUCGUGUUCGACUUCAUGGACACAGACCUGGAGGUGAUCAUCAAGGAUACGGGAAUCAUGCUCACGCCGGCCCAUGUGAAGGCAUACAUGAUCAUGACACUGCGCGGCCUGGAGUAUCUGCACGAGAAUUGGAUCCUUCAUCGAGAUCUGAAGCCCAACAAUCUACUGGUGAAUGCGGAUGGCGUGCUGAAGAUUGGCGAUUUCGGUCUGGCCAAGUUCUUUGGCUCGCCCAAUCGAAUAAACACCCAUCAAGUGGUCACGCGGUGGUACCGGUGUCCGGAACUGCUGUUUGGCGCCCGGCAGUACGGCACUGGCGUGGACAUCUGGGCAGUGGGAUGCAUUCUGGCGGAAUUGCUGCUGCGCAUCCCCUUCCUGCCCGGCGACACCGACCUGGAUCAGCUCUCGAAGAUCUUCCAAGCUCUGGGGACACCCACUGAGGAGAACUGGCCCUCCGUCAACACACUCCCGGACUUCAUGCAGUUCAAACCGAUGCCCGGGACGCCGCUGAGGCACAUUUUCACGGCCGCGGCGGAUGAUUUGCUGGAUCUGGCCGAGAAGCUGCUCGCUCUGUGCCCGGCCAACCGAUGCACGUGCACAGAAGCUCUGCAAAUGCCUUACUUCACCAACAAACCCGCUCCCACGGUGGGAUCCAAGCUGCCCCUGCCGACCUCACUCACGCAGAAGACCGCCGAUGAGAAGCCCAACCUCAAGCGGAAGCUCGCCAGUUCAGUCACUGAAGGCAGCGUCCCGAAGAGGCUCCAAUUUUGACGACAAUACGCUUAAAACCAGUGAUUAUUCUUGCUAUACGGAAAUUUAUAGAGAUGAUCAUUUGGAGAAUUGCUGUUCUCAUAGUAUUCCACAUUGAUACUGUUUCAGGAGAAAAAAAUAAAACAUUCUUACUUCUUGGACAUGUUUUUUUUUAUCCACCAGAAAAUCUCUGUUACAAAAAAACAGGUAUAAUAAAAAAUAAACAGAGAAAAAGAGCAGUAAAUUGUUUAAGUACCACUUUCAGUGCAUUCAGAUAUCUCUUAAGUAUUUUACGUUAUCAUCUAAAAUAUCUAAAUUUACCUAUAAGUAGUAUAUUUCUUUUAUUUGGUUCGGCAUCUAAUUUGAUUCUCUUGUCAUUUAUCUCCAUUUCCUCCUUCACUUGUUAAAAAGCUACUAUUUCUUCAUAAAUUCACUUUACAUAUUGGAUCGUUCCUGACAUGAAAACAUGGUGCAAUGUUUCAUAAAUACACUUCUUGAUUUUUUUUUUAAUUACUCAUGGGGUUUUUUGCAGGGCUAAUUUACGAUGCGUAAUAUAGUAACUUUCAAUAGACUCUCCUACAGAUAUUCCUUGCAACUUCAUUAGUUAAUUGGUAACAUGGAUUAGAGGGGCGCAUUUUGCACAAAAAAUCGAGAGAUAUUAGCUCAAAAUUGGCUGCUAUUUUGACCUCAAUCGCACCCCGCCUGGUAUAUAAAUAUCCUUUUUUUUUGUAAUAAAGAAAAGAAAUUUCAUCAACAUUCAUAGAGAUUCUCUAAACAUGCUCUUCUUAAUUUUUGCUUCAAUAAAUAUUCUCUCACUUUCUCACGAUGCGCAUUUUCGCUAAAAGGCCA